AUGGUCUUGCCAACAAUCAACCCCACCAAAUCCUAUUGGAUCGAGGCCGCUGAAUCGCCUCUGCGUAACUUUCGCUCCAGCGACAAGUUGCCAGAGGAGACUGAUGUUGUAAUCAUUGGUAGUGGCUAUUCAGGUGCAGCAACCGCUUACUGGAUCCACAAAUAUACAGAGAAAGCCUCGAAGCAGCCUGCAAUAACCCUUUUAGAGGCAAGGGAUAUCUGCGGAUCUGCUACUGGACGAAAUGGAGGGCAAUUGAGACCACAUGCUUAUUCUCGCUAUCCGCUAUGGUCGGAACGAUUUGGACCUGAUGGCGCGAUGGAGCUUAUCGCACAUGAAAUGGCCCAUUUACCAGCGUUCAGGGACCUAGCUACUGAGGAAGGUAUUACUGAAGAAGUUUGCCUGAAAUUCGGUGAGACUUUUGAUGCUGCUAUGACCGACGAAGCCUGGGCACGGCUUAAAGGCGCCUUCGAAGCUAUGCGCAAGGACCACGGCGACGACCAUGAAAUUGUCAAAGCCUGCAGAAUCAUUGAUGACGCCCAGAAAGCAGAAGAAUUUUCACAGAUGAAGGGAGCCCUUGCGGCAGUCGUACACCCCACGGGGCAAAUAUGGGCAUAUAAAUUUGUGCAUGCGCUUUUACGCAUUGUUCUGCAGAAAGGCAAUCUAAAUCUGCAGGCGCACACACCAGCCACGAGUAUAUCCAAGCGGGAUGUCAACGGUUGGAUCACGGUCAAAACCGAUCGAGGGACUAUCCGUGCCCGGGCAGUGAUUCAUACAACGAACAGAUGGGCUUCUCAUCUUCUACCAGAAUUCAACAAGCUUAUAACAGCGCAAAAGGGAACGGUGGCAGCGAUCAAGGCGCCCCCAGGAUUUAUCAAGCACACGGGUGCUCAGCACUGGGACAGCCGCGUGAAUAAUUAUCAUCUUCAGCUCCCAACACCAUAUAACACCAUCAUUAUUGGAGGAGCCAGACAGCUUCUCGUCCAUAAGGCAGACGAUUGCGUUAUGAACGACGAAGAAGAUAAACAUUUUAAUGGGGUAGCAGAGUUUUUUAAGUCCUGGCCCGCCUCGGAUGUCAAAGACUGGCCAGAUUCGAGUUGUGCAGAGCUCGGUAUGGAAGACGACCAAGGCGGUUGUUGGUCUGGGAUCGAAACUUCGAGUGCAGAUGCUUUCCCGUUUGUUGGGCCUGUCCCAAACCGUGACGGCCACUACAUUGCCGCGGGCUUCGCGGGGCACGGUAUGCCUCGAAUUUUGCUCUCGGCUGCUCACAUUACGCCCGUUGUUUUAGACUCGCUUGGUGUCGAGUACAGCCAGCCACUGCUUGCUACCGCGUACCCUCCUUUGCCCCAGCCGUUCCAUACCACUCUUGAACGAAUUGAGAGGCUUCAGAACACAGAUCCCGCAGCAAUUAUUGAAGAAUACAGAAGAGGCUGCGCGGAGAGUGCGAAAAAGCCUUUUUGCAACACUUCGAGGGUCGCAUCGAAGUUUUGA